GGCUUCCUAAACACCUAGAAGAGUUUCAAUUUUGUUUUUCUGUAUAUUGUUUAUAAGAAGGAAAGUUAAAUACGAGGCAGGUUUUGCACAACUUUUUGACCUUUUUUGUGCAAUGAAUGUUUAUUCAAGCUGACCUUUUCUACUUUCGUUUUGACUAAAAACAUGGAUAAACAGUAAAAAAAAAAAAAAACAGAGACGCUCAAUAACUUGAUUUCAUGCAUUUAAAAAUAUGCUUGCUUGAAGAUGGGAAAAUGGUUUUUUCAAACAGUACUUAUUCUAACUAUAUUUGAAGAGAAUUGCAUCAUGUGUCAGUUAGGUCCUUGUGAAUAUUCCUUAGUAACCGUAGAAUAUGUAAGCUCCUGUCCCUCCAACAAAGUUGAAGCAGCGCAGUCAGCCUCUCGUAAAAAUUGUGAGCAUCAUGCAAAAUUACAGACAUGCACAAACCCAAACAAUUUCAAAUACCACUGUCUAAUAAAUGCAGAAGGAAACAAAAAUAUUGAAGUAUGUGCACCUGGAAAGAAAGUUAACGGUUUUUGUACGGAGUUUGAUACCGACACAGCAAUACUUCAAGACAACUACAACUUUGAUUGCUCAAAAUAUGAUCCACCUUGUCCGAAACAGUACAACUCAACAGAGGCAUAUUUAUAUAGAGAAUGUUAUGAAUGUAACUGGGAAGCCAGACCUACUUUAUCUAAGACGUACUUAACCGAGAAAAAUCCGUAA